GAGAGAUUGUAAAUUAAUGCUGCUAUCAUUUGGCCCGGAAGCCAAACGGGCUCUUGAAACUGAACAACGCUAGUGUUAUAAUCUUACAUUCGAAUGAUAUUCAUGGUUGGCCGGGUUUUGAUGCCAUACCCACUCACUAAAUCCUGCCCAAGACGCGGUUCCACAUGUUCAGUGGCAGCCCCUUCAUGACAUGUUGCGAUUCCCUGCAACAGUGGUUGGUCUAAUAGCCCAGUGAUUCCCCAUUGAUCAGGACUUACUUGAAAGGCACAGAACCAUUGCAGUGGCGAUUGGUCCCGAUAAUCUCAUAAUCCUGGCACCAUGAGGGCGUGCGUGCUGCUUACUCUCGCUGCUACCGUCACGGCGAGUCUGCAACACUUCAGCUUUGAACGCCACCAAUUACAGUCGCAAGACCUGCAGAAUCUAGAUCCGGCCGAUAGAAUACUUUUCGGCUUUGAAGAUCCCACCCGUGCCGUGAACCGGACAUCUCGCUGCAAGGUAUUCCCGGGUGACAGUGCAUGGCCGCGUCCUCGCAUUUGGGGCCUCCUCGACCAAGUUACCGGCGGUGCAGUGAUCAAAUCCGUUCCUCGGGCUUCAUCUUGCUAUCAUGGUCCUACGUAUGAUCCGACAGACUGUAAGAGCGUAACUUCCCAAUGGACUGAUUCUUACUUCCAUAACAAUGACCCAAUUGAGAUGCUGUCCCCCGUAUAUCAAGGCUUGACAUGUCAGCCAACCGCCGAUCCGAGUGCCACUUGCACUCUCGGUGGAUAUCCUGCCUACGCGGUCAAUGUGUCCAGUGUGGCUCACAUCCAGUUAGCCAUUAACUUUGCGCGUCAAACGGGUGUGCGCCUGGCGGUAAAAAACACUGGCCAUGACUUCUCUGGAAAGUCCGGGGGUGCAGGCGCCCUUAGUAUCUGGACCCAUAAUCUAAAGGGGAUCCAGUACGUCCCAUCUUAUAAUGCAGCAGGUACCGACUGGACCGGCACCGCAUUCAAGAUCGGUGCCGGUAUCCAGGCCUAUGAGAUCUACAAAGCUGCACAGGACAGGCAGCUAAUGGUAGUUGGAGGCGAAGGCCAAACGGUCGGAGUGGCAGGUGGUUACGUGCUUGGAGGCGGGUACUCCCCGCUGAGCUCAAUCUGCGGCCUGGCUGCAGAUCAGGUUCUCUCAAUGGAAGUAGUACUCCCUGACGGACGAUUCGUCACAGCCUCCUUCACCGAGAACAAAGAACUCUUCUGGGGACUACGAGGCGGCGGAGGCAGCACCUUCGGUGUCGUCACCUCAGUCACCAUCAAAGCGUACCAUACCAUCCCAGUUACAACGUCAACCUUCACCUGGUCCACUGGGGCAAAGAGCAAUAUCACACACGAAGAUUUCUGGGCCGGGUUUCGCGCUUACCUGGAUUUAUUCAUCGAGCACUCAGACGCAGGCAUCUACUCGUAUUUCUUUAUUAUCCCCUCCAACGGUGAGCUAACCUUCCUAAUGCAACCAUUCUUCGCCCCGAACAAGACCAUCGCAGAGACAGAAGCACUCCUAGAACCCUGGUUCCAACAACUACAUCAACUAGGAAUAACCUUCACCCCAAAGACCCAAUACUUCGACAAUUUCUACUCAGCCUGGAACGCCUCCUUUCCACUAGAAGUCGUCGAAAAGACCCACGUAGCAACGGGCUCGCGCCUCUUCCCCAAAAUCAACUGGGAAGAUCCUGCCCGCUUAAACGCAACCUUCGAUGCCAUCAAAGCCUCUUCCGAAGCAGGCCUAAUCCUCAUUGCCUUCAACAUGGCACCCCGAGGCAGAAACCUGGACAACGCAGUCAACCCCGCCUGGCGCCGGACAGUCAUGCACGCUCUGUCCACCGUAAACUGGAAUCCCAACGCGACGGCGCAGGAGAUUGCUGCUGCUCGGCACAAUUUCACUUACGGGCAUAUGCAGCGCUGGCGCGAUGUUAGUCCCGGUGCUGGGUCGUAUCUAGGGGAGAGUGAUCGCAUGGAACCAGACUUUCAGCAAACGUUUUACGGGGAGAAUUUUGGGAGGCUUUUGAAGUUGAAGCGGGUGGUAGAUCUCGGGGAUGUGUUUUGGGCUGCCACUGCAGUCGGGAGUGAGGGGUGGAGGGUUGUUACAGAUGAUGGGUUGCCGACGGAGAAUGGAAGACUUUGUCGGGUUUAG